GUCUUUGAGUUCUGUAGUCCGAAUUCUGAGUUAGGACGCGAUGGCAGAACGGUUACGGCUAUUCUUCGCUCUACUCUUGGGGGUAAGCGUCGCGAUAAACGUAGACGCUCUUCAGGACCCCAGGACGCGAAAUCAAAAAAUUCUGCUGCCCGUCCGUUCUAAUGGAGAUGCUGCUACGAUUAUUGAUUUUCAACCGAUUCGAGUAAGUCGGCAAGUUGACCCAACUCUCAAGAAUGCUCAAAAGAUUGCCGUACGGAAACGACAGCUUCCGAUUGGCCAGCCGGCGCCACAAGCUCUUAUUGAACAUCUCACGCGAACCAACGACGCAUCGUUUUUGUUGCCUACGACGGGGGCAACAGGAAAAAUCCACGCGAAUGGCAUCGCGGCUCUGUCGAGUCCAGAAAACUCGUUGGGUGCUAAUCUGGAGCUGAAGAUUGGUCAGGAGCCUUUGGCUUCCGAUCGUAUUACUUUCGUAACGCCAUCGAUUGUCGUUCCUCAAGAGGCACAAAAGAGACAUCAUGCAGGAUCGCAUGGUCAUGGUCAUCAUCAUCAUGGACAUGGCCAUCAUGGUCACCAUAAUCAUGGACAUCAUCACGGUCACGAACAUCAGCACGGACAUCAUCAUGAUCAUGCCGAGAAGCACAGUCAUCAUGAAGACCAUAAUCACAAACAUGGACAUCAACAUGAUGAAGGUCACAAACAUCAGGAAGACCAUCAUCACAAACACGGGCAUGAUCAUAAGCAUGGUCACAAUCAUCACGAGGAUCACAAGCAUAGCGAGGAUCAUCAUCACAAACACGGUCAUGACCAUAAGCACGGGCAUGACCACAGCCAUGAGCAUAAACACGGUCAUGACCACAAACAUCACGGUGAACAUAAACAUGAGCAUGGACACGAACAUCAUUCGAAACAUGAACAUCACGAGGAGCACAAACAUCAUGGCGAGCACCAUCAUCAUCACAAACAUGCGCAUCACAAUGAGCACCAUCAUCACCACGACCAUCAUCAUAUCAACGAGCAUCACCAUCACCAUACACACAAGGAAACCGAGACCCAUCAUCAUCAUCACGGCCAUGAUCACAAGGAGGAUCAUAAGCAUGAGCAUAAGGAAGACCAUGCUCAUCACCAUGGACACGAACAUACGCACGGACACAAAGAGGAACACAAGCAUGGUCAUCACGAAGAUCAUCACCAUGGACACGACCACGGUCACAAGCACGGACAUCACGAAGAACACAAGCAUGAUCAUCACGAGGAUCAUCAUCACAAACAUGGACACGAUCACAAGCACGGUCACGAGGAAUCUCAUCAUCAUGGGCACCACGAAGAUCACAAACACGAUCAUCACGAAGAACAUGAUCACAAGCAUGGUCACGAACACAAGCAUGAUCACAAAGAAGAUCAUCACCACGGGCACAAUGAAGAGCAUCAUCAUUCUCACAGCGAAGAUCACAAGCAUGAUCAUCAUCAAGACCACAAGCACGGACACGAUCAUCACGAGGCUCACAAACAUGGUCACGAACAUAAGCACGGUCACAAGCACGACGAACAUCACAAACAUAAGGAAGAUCACCAUCACAAGCACGGCCACGAUCACAAACAUGGACACGAGCAUCAUGAAGAGCAUAAGCAUAGCGAAGAUCAUCAUCACAAACACGGACAUGACCAUCAUCACAAACAUCACGAAUCUCAUAAGCAUUCCGUUCACGAGGGUCAUUCUCACGGGCAUCACAGUCAUCAUGGUCAUCAUGGACAUCACAGUCAUCAUUUUGGCGCAUCACAAAAGCACGAACAGUUUGUUUUCCCAGAAGAGAGCGCUCCAUUGGGAACUGCGGCAAUUAUUGUUACCGCUGCGCCUGCUACCACUAUCGAUGAUACCAGCCGCCUCUCGUUUGAACUUGGUGAUGAUGCCGAUGCUGAUGUUGAUGCUGAUGCUGAUGCGGAUGACAAUGUUGGAAUCAUUUCCGGUAUCCAAGAUGGUCAGACUGAAAAAAGCGAAAUUUCAAGGAUUGAUAUUCCUGGCGGAGCAUCCGUCAUACAAAUCUAAACAUCGUCUGACCAAUUGCCUGGUAAAUCUCCUCGGUUGGAUAGAGAUUAGUUGAGUCUUGCAUUACUCAACAAGGAUCGAGGCUUCCAACAUGGUAGCCGUUAAGCCUAUAAAUUUCCAGAAGUAACCUCUGGAGGAUGCUUCGCAGUCCGUAACGUCUUUUAUUUUUUAUGUGACAUUAUACGCAAUCAACUAGUCGUUUAUACCGGCAGUCCUAUAAAACCGAUACCAAGAUCGUGGAAUUGGACAGAUGAAAGAAAUUCAGAUCACAGAAGGACUCAAGUAAUUUCUAUUAAUUAAGGAAAAAAGUAUUAUUUUUGUUCAUAUACUUUAAU